AUGUCAGGGCUACUUGUUAACCGUCUAAGAAACCGGGUCGUAAUCCUUGGCCUUGUCGGUCUUUUUCUGUCCAUCUUCAUGAGCUCUACUGCCUUGGGCUAUCUCAGGACUAGGAACUACCGAGUCUUCUUCGCCGUCCACAUUACUCUAGCGCCUAUACUUCCGGUUGUUCUCUUCUGGCACGUCAGCCAUUUACGGACCUACAUCUGGGAGGUUGUGGGUGUAUACAUCCUCAUGAUGGCCACCCGCAGCCGAAAUAUCGGCACCUAUCCCGGAACCGUAUCAUUGAUUCCGGGCACCAACCUCAUCAAAAUGGACAUCCCCCUCGCCUCUGACACUAUCCCUCAGAACUGGAAGCCAGGGCAGCACGUUUACGUCUCUCUACCCGCAACUUCUGAGGCUUCACCCACCGUCAAAGAUCUGAUAAGACAGCGCUACCGCACGAACCCCUUCACGAUCGCCUCUUUACCGCACGAGGACGGCCGGAUAACGCUCGUUGCUCGAACACUAGACGGGAACACCAAAAGGCUAGCCGCUCUGGCGCGAUCCCUAUGCGACCAAGCGGACGACGACAAAAAUACUCCAUCCAUCGCCAUCACAAUCGAAGGACCCUACGGCGCCUCAUCCCGCCUACCCGACCUUGCAAGCUACGACUAUGUGCUACUGCUCGCUGGCGGCGUAGGUGCAACAUUCGUUCUUCCAGUCUUCCGCAGCAUCGUGGGUAGAUCCCACUGGCCCUCGCCUGCAGCUGCAAGCCCCCAGAUUCGCUUUGUCUGGACUGUGCGGAGACUCGCAGAAGUACGGUGGGCCUUCCCGGCCGCGGCCAACUCUGGAGGCGCGGCCACGAACGUCGGAUCGAACGCAGAGGUUGAAGUCUACGUCACGCAGAACGGGCAGGCUCUGCAUGAUGGAGCUCAAGACGGUGACCUUGAGAUGGCUGAGGGAGUGAACCUUUUACAUACUGGGAGUGAAGCAGAGAAGAUCGGCGGGAGCGAUGUGAAGCACGGCCGGCCCGACUUGAAGCGCAUAGUUGACGAUGCGUUUGCACAGCCGCGAGGGAAGGUUGCCGUGCUCGUUUGUGGACCUAAGAGGAUGACCGAGGAGACGAGGGAGUUGGUGGGAAGAUGGGUGAGGAAAGGGAGGGAUGUUUACUGGCAUGCAGAGGCGUUCGGGCUUUAG